AUGGGUGCUCCAUCUCCUGACAAGUUGCCUCCCUCUUCUGGCUCCUCUGCAUGCCCGCUCAAUUCCUCAGUUCCAUUUAUUCCCAUAUCUACCCUUGCUCCUCGAACUGCAGAUAGUGCCAGCCCUCCAGCAUCUCUCUUCAUGUCUACUCUCACAAUGUCUACACCUCUAACGCUUGGACUUCGGGGUGAAUAUAAUUCAGAACUUCGGAAACGUGAGGAAUGGGGCAGGCUAUGUCCCAGCCUCACUGCUCUGGGGACAAUGAAAGAAGCUCUGUGGGGUGCGCGAGAUGCCGACUUUAGCUUUGAGCUUACCUACCAGGCCCGAACCCUAUCGACGUUUGAUGUCCUUCAUCAAGUCCACUCGAUCAAACUCAAUGCGCUUCUGUUGACUCCCAAACGGUUCCACGUGACCAUGAGACACCAGACUGCGAUUGGAAUUCAAAAGUUUACCGAGGCCAACAAGAAUUCAUUGGGGGUGAUUGUGUAUUUGAUGGAUGUGAGCUCGUCGGGUAACGAACAGAUCGAGGCAGUGCAGUCUCUCGGGGCACUCCACCACUGCCUUUCAUUGGGCUUUUCAGAACCACCCCCCGUUCUUGUUGUGUCGGAUGCAUCCUACCUCUUGGAUUGCAUAGGCACAUAUAUGAAGAACGCUUCACGGGCAAACCCGGUUCCGGUGAACGCUCCUGGAGAUAAGUCCUCGGUAUCGAAAGUGCCUACGCAUGUGUCUACUUCGUUUUUGUCUGCAUCGUUCCCGCAGUCGAAGUUUAACCCUGCAAACCAUUUUUCUGCAUACCAGGCCAACAAGUGA